AAGCUUUUGUACACAUUGAUGAGCAGCGAAUAAAACAUGUCAUUCAGAUUUUGGGUUUGAUGUAGCGCAACGGCGAACCGUUUCGUGCGGAAACGGUGAUUUCCCUAGUUGAUGCAUCUCUCGUGGUGCUGUACUGCUACUGUUAUAGUAGGAAGGCUGAGCACGGGGAUUUCCUUGCCUGCUUGUUUUGUAGGCGGGGAGUUGUUUGCCACUUUCACAAGCAGGCGUAGAGAGGUUGGAGACAGAGUCGUGGAAUGUCAAAACUGUGUAACUAGGUUGCCUUUGUGAUACAUAGUUGGCCCAGGUGUCCACUGUAUCGCAGCGCUUCUUGGUGGUUUGUCAACUCAUGCGCUUCAAACCUGCUGCUUCAUCACCUCGUUGUGAAAAGGAGCAAGAGCAAGCCGAGGCAGCGGUUUAGCGAGAUCAGACCAACCAGCAGUACAGGUGGACGCGGCUCUCGUGGCAUGACUACCACAAAUAAGGGAAACAAGGCCUUGAAGGUGAAGCGGGAGCCGGGGGAAAAUGGCACCAGCCUGACAGACGACGAGCUGGUGACCAUGUCAGUGCGGGAGCUGAACCAGCAUCUACGGGGCCUGACGAAGGAUGAAAUCCUUCAGCUGAAGCAGCGGCGGCGUACCCUGAAGAACAGGGGCUACGCUGCCAGCUGCCGGGUGAAGCGUGUCACCCAGAAAGAGGAGCUGGAGAAGCAAAAAUCUCUACUGCAACAGGAAGUGGACAAGCUGGCCACAGAGAAUGCCAGCAUGAGGGUGGAGUUGGACGCUCUGCGUUCAAAGUACGAGGCCCUCCAGAGCUUCGCUAGGACUGUGGCCCGCAACCCCGUCACCUCAGCCAGGGGACCUAUGGCCUCGGUCAUAGGUCCCCACAUCCCUGGUAAAGUAGCUGCCACCAGCGUCAUCACCAUCGUCAAAUCCAAAACGCAUGCUAGGUCGUAGUAGCAGAAAGGGGCCGGAGGAAGAUUUUCAAGACUAAACUAGUCAGUGCAUUGUAACAUGCCGCGGGAUUACAUGUGCAAGUUCACUAACACUAACAAUAUGCUUCCCAAAUUCACUCUUGAAGUAUGACUCAGCAGUCUGUACCUGUCAACAGACAUAUUGUGCUUUUAGAGUGACACAAUCGAAUUGUUACGAUUUAGGACAUCACAGUUGGUUGUUGAAGAAUGGCAUAUUGGCAAUAAGGAAAUAUUUCUUUUAAAAAGCAGAUUGUGGUUCCAAAUACUCCAAGUAUAUUGGGUUGGGGAAAAAAGUACAAAGUGAAAUCCAAUUCAGACUGUGAGGAGCUUGUUGAUUUUUGAUAAGAUGCUCAUGUGAUGUGUCCGUUUCCUUAAGACUGCGCUCUUAAGAUUGCUUUCCGUCCUAAGAAUUGGCAUUUUUAGAGUCUCGCAACCAGUAAAAUCAUAACUUUUAGACAUUAAUCCUCACCCCUGAACCCCUUUUGCUUGUUAUUAUGCACUGACUUCAAUUUGGAUAAAUAACAAACGGUCACAAACUAUUGGUGUGGAAGCUACUGGUGUCUUCAUAACAGCCUGACUAACACAAAACUAGAAAAUGAGUCAAAUUUGUGAUUUGUUUUGUUGGUUGUCUGUCAAGAAUAUAAGCAUGAAAUAAUGCCCCCAAAUCUAGCAUUCGUUUCUGUUUAUCCGUGACAGGCUUUAAUGAACUUGUCAUUAUCAAUAUGACUGGUAGAUGCAAUAAUAUAUGUAUGCACUGAAAAUACAAAGAGGUCUUGCAUAUUUAUGGAUAAGUGGAAACGUUUAGAAAUGAUCAGCAGUGCCAUUCCAAUAUGACAAGAUUCUUCUACAAUAUCUGAAUACCUGAAUGUUAUAACAGUAAUAUCCUCGUGUUUUGUGGGGACAAGUCCGCAAACGAUCCACAAACAUUUUGAAACAUCAUUUUUGCUCCAUAGAGAAAAUAUGUUCAAGUUGUUUUUGUUUUAAAAGAUAUAUAUAUAUAUAUAUAUUGCAUUUUUUUGUAAUUACUUGUUGACAGGGCCGUCGGAUAUUUCCAAAAGAAAAAUCUUUACACAAGCUUUACUGUUUGAAUUGUUAAGGUGUAGAAAACUUUGUCUAAUGUUGAGUUCUUGGUUUUUAUUACUAGGUAGAUUACCUUCCAUUGUUUAUAGAAAUACAGAUACAGAAAACAACAUAAAAAAAAAAAAAAUCCUGUGACAUCUUUUUUGCAAUUGUACCGAAAGUGGCUUACUAUUGAAGUCUGAUAGCUUUUUUCUAGUGACUAGGCGCGUACUGCGGGGUAGCGCGUGAUGUGAUCUGUAAGUGACAAGUUGGCAGUGUCGUUCACUGUAUAGAUGUCAAUGCUGUGCUAUUUAAAACAAAUCUGUAGAGCUAAACUAGGUGGUGUAAACAAGGUCAAUUGUCUUUGUGCGUAUUGGCAUCUGUGAUAUCCUCCGCUUCCUUGGUGUUAGUUACAAAUCAUAUUGUCGUUAAGAGUUUACCACAUUGAGCCAUUUAAGACAGAAUGGGGGGGAAAUGGCAUAAGUGACUUUUACCCGAAGCUUAAAGUGAUCCUGUCGAUGCAGAAUCUGAAUAACGGUGGCACCUGGUGCUGGACGCCCUCUAAACACAUCCUCUGUAACCUGUCGGGAAGAUUUCAUCAUCGUAUCCAUUCCAGCCACUUAAUUGGUUUGAAUUAGAUUGUAGGAAUAGAAAUUUAUAACCCCUUAAAAUUUUGCUUUUUACAGACUAAAUGAAACGUGAAGUUAACAGUGUUUUUUUUCCCCCCUCCAAAUGUUAGACUAUAGCGGUAAGAUUGCAUCAAUGAACUUAAAGGUUAACCGCCAAACGGUGCAGCAUCACUUGAGUAAAUUGACCCACUGGUCUUCAGAUUAAAAGCGGUAAGGGUUUGGCUAAAGGUUUGUAUGCACUAAGCUCCUGCUUGUUUUGCUCAGGACAAAAGGGGUCACUCUUAAAAUGAACAAACCGUUCUAGAUGAAAGGUAGAGAUGGCAGCUCUGUUCAUUGUUUUUCUCCUUUUUUUUAAUUUUAAUUUUAAUUUUUUAUUAUAAGCAUGUCAUAAAGGGCUUCAAUCCACACUCAGAAAGAGACACAGCAACACCACGUAGAAUUACAAUCAACAACUGCUGCCAGCAGCCCUCCUUUUGUGCCAAGUGUCGCAUCACACUGCUGGUCCUCUGAAAAGGAAUUUAACAGUGGAGCACUUUUACACCUCUAGGUGGAAGUAGUUGUGUAAUAACAUUAACAGAAUGCACUUCAUCGGGAUCUCACUCUCCUGCUGGUCAGAAUGUCUUAUAGUGUCGGCGAGGUGUUAAUCUACAGUCACUCCAAACUACGCCUCAGCAAAACUCCUGGGUGCUGGUUAUACUGUCUGUGUGCAAGUAUCCUAUCCUCAACAUGCUUAGCUUUCUACAUUGACUGGUUAACUGUGGGAAAAUAUAUAUCUGACUCUUGACAUAGCCCAGUAUUGAUGUUGGCGUCCUUAUUGCUGUGGCAGUCUUGUGGAGUGAAUCUUUUUUCGUGUCAAGUGUCUUUUAAGGUGUUCGAGCGGCACCGUCGACCAAUCUCUCGAUCUCCGCUAGAGAUGGUGACUCUCUCUUUCUCACACAUACAGGUGUAUAGUAUGUAGCUACAGUAGGUAUUAAUGACCAUUGUGAAAAAGUGACCCUUAAUAUGCAACUCAGUGGAAAGGUGUGAAAGAGUAGAUGUAAGAAUAUCAAUAUUGUCAAAGUGACUAUGGUCUGUUAUUUAAUAAUUCUUGCUGUUUUGUAGGUUUUUUUUGUAACGAUGUGUUUUUUAUUUUACCCUCACAUUUUGAAAUGGAAGAGCAAUUGGCCCUUGUUCAUAGCAGCUAACAUGACAAAACUGUAAAGCAGUGUUUUUAAAAGAAUCGUGGGACAGUUGCACUCGAGCCUUACUCACUAAUUACUUAAAUUAGCUGAAGUACCGGAUCCAUGAAUUGGACUUGGAUAUCUGACUGAAAGAUAUUGCUAUUAUAUGUAAUGUUUGUGCACUGAGUGAAAUGGAUGCUACAAUAAUUUCUCUCCAAGGGCCACUUGCAAUAUUGUAUUUUUUUGUCUUUGUUAUGCGUGUGUGUAUGCGCGUGUGUGUGUGUGUGUGUGUGUGUGUGUGUGUGUGUGUGCGCGUGUGCUUUGUACGUUUGAGGUUCCUCUGCUGCUACACCAGUCAUUAAUGCUCGUUGUUUGCUGUAGCAUCACCCACAGCAUUUGUGUUCUCAUUAUGUGUUGGGUGUGUAUUUGAAAUUGAUCUUAACACUGUAAUUUGUUCUGCAGAUUAAAUUUUUAAUUUGUUAUGGCUUUUUUUUCUUGUUUGUUUGGGUUUUUUUUGUUAUGUUUUUACAAGCAACAUAUUAGAGAGAAUAAAUAACAGCACUUGUGUGGCAGUUGAAUCUGAUAGACUCUCGAGACAUUCGCUUUUUUCAUGAAAUUAUGCUUUGAAAACAGCUGACUGUGCAGGUUUUUUGCUCUUGGGUCUGUCUUUCAAAGGUAUAAGAAUCUGACUAAAGCGAGUAAUACAAAGUGAAUUAUCUGUUUUUGUUAUCUUUCUGUAUGGGUUGUUAUAAAAUAUUGCAGUACUUUGUAUGAAAACAGACAAUAGUUAAUUGUAACUAUUUAUAAAUUAAAUUAUUGUACUUUUUGCAAUCUGUAGAUAAGUACUAUGUAUUCAUAUAUACAGUAAGAACUGUGGAUUUAAACGUGAUUCUCUGAGGUGUCUAAGUUAUUGAUGUAUAUAUUGUAUGUUUGUUGAUACAGCUUACUUUAUUUUCUAUAAGACCAAUAAAAUGUUUUGGAAAAGGAU